GGACGCGGCGCGAUGACGCGCGCGUCGAAGCGAAAGGCGGCGGCGCCCGUGGCGACGACGAAAGCGGUGGCGUUGAAAGAGAAAAAGGGCAAGGCAUCGGUGAAGAGUGCCGGAAAACAAACGGCGAACGACACUGCGACGUCGAAGCGCAGGACGAGCGACGACCCUUACGACUUCGAUGUGGAUCAGGAAAUGUACGGUGUGACCGUAAAAUGGGUCAAUAAGGGACAAACGACGUCGGAGUGGAAGUUUACGGUGCCGACCGACGCGACGGUGGACGCCUUGCGCGGCAUGGUGCAUGAGACCACGGGGGGUGUUUUGACUAAAGAUAAUAUCACUUUGAAGCAUAAGAGUCGAACGAUGGAACCCACUGACGCGCAGUUGGGAUCUUUUGGAGUCCGCGAUGGCUCAGACAUCGUGCUCAUCCUGAACAACGACGGCCAAGGCGUACCCGCGGCACCAACCAUGGUGAACACGCAAUUUCCGGGUGAACCCGUGGCGAAGAAGUCCAAAAAAGCGAAGGAUAAGGGUGGCGACAAGAAGCGAGAGCGUUUCUCUCAGAGUGAGGCUGAAGAUUUGAUCAAGGGAGUUCAAUUGUUUGGUUUGGGGCAGUGGGCGCACAUUAAAAGUUCCUUUUUCCAGGACACCUCUCGUAGCGGCGUCGACUUGAAGGACAAGUGGCGCAAUCUCGUAACCGCUUCCGAACGACCGCCUGGUUUCAAGUUUCGUGUGGAGUAUCUUAACGACGCUUCGUUUUUGGCCCGCGUCGCGCAAGUGAACGCCGAAUCUCAAGCAAAGUGAGCUGAGACUAAUACGCGC